CACGCAAAUAUAAAGUAUACCCACUAUAUAUGUAAAACUAUACCUCCACGAUAAAUUUUCUUCCCAAUGAUUGAUUUCGAAGUACUAAGGAAGCACCAGUCGCGACUUCUCGUGCGACAACUAGGCGGCGUGGUGAUGCUUGGGCUGAAAAAGGGGGCAAAAGACAAGGUCGCCGAGCACCUUCACAGUGGGAUGGGAUAUCUGCGGCACCCCUGGCCACUCGCCAAUCUGACGGAUCAGUUUACAACCAACCUGAGAUCUUGCCCCGUCACCCUUCCUGACGUGCGUGCGAUUUGUUUCCCGGAUUUCUCGCCUACUACAUCUGUUGGAAUAUAUAGUGACCUCAAAAUAACGGCCCCUUCAGAUUCUCCAUGAAAAGGAUUUUUCAAGUGCGUACCCUGUUAUUAUGUAUCUGAAAGCACGUAUGAAUUCGCCACCAAAAACCCAUGCGUGACUUGGGAAUUCGAACACUGCUUGAUUGGGUACGUGUGCAUGUGCUGCGACGAAACGUGUGUGCAAUAUAUGCAAUGUUUUCUAUCAGGUACGUAAUGUAUGGAUGGUUCAUCCGCUCAGUCGGGAUGCAGCGCAAUGGGCAAUGUUGGAGGGUUUGAGAUUGAGCACUCGUGUUGUCGGUAGGGUAGAAUAUUGCCUCUUUUUUAUUUUUUAUUUUCUAUUUUUUGGGGGGGGUUGGUUGGUUGGUUUUGUGCAUCAAUGCAUGCAGGUGGUGCUGGCAUGGGUGGAGCUGAAAGUCUACUUUUCAUGCAUUAAUGCACAUACUACUAAGAAAUAAUUCAACUCAGAUUUCAUAUCAAUCGCCCCAUA